AUGUCGCUGACAACAUGGUGUCCAGGAUUCACCGUGAGCAGUGGCUCGCACGAAGAGGAUGAGAGCUCCACGGAUUUACUACAGCAAUGCAGGGCCAUGCAUCAGGAUCUAAUCAAGCUGGCGAUGGACGAGCAGGCUCUUUUGUUCAAGCUGUCCACAGAGGUGCAGCGGGCGAAAGAACAACCGGAGGCCAUCCAGAUCGACAUUGAGAAUGGCUCUGACAGUGUGCACGACUACCGCAUGUCGGUGGAGGAAUCUCAUGUUCUGUCUGAUUCGGCAGCUGAGAUUCCUGUGGUUGCAGUGAUUCAUGAGACAGGGGAGCGACGGCUGCUACGGUUUGGCAGCCGCCAGAGCAAAAGCUCUGAUGCAAUUUCUGAUCCUUUCGAUGCCAAGCGAUCGAUGACCUCCGCUUCUCUCUCGUCGGACAAAGUCUCAACCAAGAAGUCGCGAGCAGGCUUGGCCGGCGUGGCAGGCUUGGACCUUCCAUCCCAGCAGCAGAAAGGAGUUCACAAAGUUCCUUCCGACAACAGUCGUCCCUGCUACUCGAUCAACGGCAUUCGAGAUCGGGAGAAUCCAUAUCUACAGACUAGUGUUCUCAACAUACUCAGGUCGAACUUUUCAUCAUCUGCAGACGAGUACCGAUGUUGGUGCUCCGGCCAGUUGGCUAGGACUGUGCUGUCGUUGACAGGCUUUUUGGAGAAUUGCUGCUCCCUGGAAGAGCCAGAGCGUCGUGGACGUCUGGCACGCUUUGUGAACAGCACCCUCUUCAGCGUGUCUGCUGCAAGUGUGAUCCUGUUGAAUGCGGCCUUCAUCUUGUACACCACAGAUCUCGAGAUGCGCAACAUUGAUCAGCCGCUCAACACCGAUAGCAAUGUCUACUUAAUCGAGCUGGUGCUUGCAUCCUUCUACGUGGUUGAGCUUCUCCUGAAGUUGAUGGUCCACAAGAUCUAUUUCUUCUGGAACGGUGAGAUGGCAUGGAACUGGUUCGACUUCUUCCUCGUAGUCUUCUCAAUUAUUGAAAACCUUCUUGUCUAUGAUCUACUACCAAUUGCAGCUGCGGCCGCGUCAACGGAUGGUUCGGGCUCCGCAGAUGGAAGUUCGUCGUCUAGUGUGAACUUGGGCUUUUUGCGCUUAAUUCGUCUGUGCAAAAUUGUGAAGAUUCUGCGUGUCUUUCGGACGCUGAAGUUCUUCAGCGAGCUACGUCUGAUGUUGGACUGUGUGCUGGGCUCCCUCAUCAAUGCCAUGUGGUGUGUGAUUAUGCUGGUCUUUGUGAUGUAUGUCUUCGGGCUCCUGCUGCAGCAGGGGAUUGUGCAGUACCUAAUGGAACAGCGCACAACUAUGUCACCAGAGGCGGAAGAGUAUGUCUUUACGUACUUUCGCAGUGUUUUCCGCACGGUCGUCACUCUGUUCCAGUCGUCAACAUCUGGAGUGGAUUGGAAUGAGCCCUACAAGGCUUUGGAGUUUACAGGGGAUGUCAUGCCAGCAGCAUUCUUAGUCUACAUUGCUUUUGUCUUCAUUUCGGUGUGGAACAUCGUGACUAGCACCUUCGUGGAAAAAGCUUUGAAGCUGGCGCAGCCAGAUGUGGACAUGCUCAUUCUGGAGCAGCAGUUGCAAGACUUCGAGGAUUGUAAAAUGCUUGCCAGGCUUUUCAAAAGCAUGCGCCCGACGGACGACGAUGGCAACGAGCGCAUCGGAAUGGAAGAGUUCCGUCAGUUGGUCGAGACCUUCGAGUUCCGCUCAUACCUCCAAACCCGUGGCAUCGACAUCAAGAAUGCGGAGACUUUCUUUAGGAUGCUCGUGGAGUUGCAGGGAGAGCCAAUGAUAGACGCUACAACUUUUGCCAAUGCGUGUGUCCGCAUGAAAGGAGCAGCUACUAGCAUCGACUUGCAGACGGUGAUGUUCACUACCCAUCUCAUGAACCAGGAGCAGCGAAGGUUUUUCCAAUCAAUGUACAACCGCUUGACGACGAUUGAGACAAUUCUACAUGAUGAACACCCUGGAAGUCAGCACGGAGAAGACUCAAUUCCAGGUCCUUUUCUGACGCAAAGCCUAGAUGAACGAACUGUUACUUUCCUGAGCUCUGAUGGUGAUGGGCAAGAGGUACGAGAAGCGCUUCCGGUUCGUUCCAGCAUCCGGCUGCAGGAUGGAGUGUUGCUGGAGCACUCGCUUCACACUAGGCUUUUGCUGGCCACCCUGGCGUGGGCACUUAGCCCCACAAGGUACCCAGAGAGCGUAGGCCGGUCAGCGCCAUUCGUUCGGGAUCUUCUGUCGUCGUCCUUGGCCGGGGACGGGGUCAAGCUUCUGGUGUGCUGUGUGAGCACCGACGCCUGGGAAGAGACGAGUUGGACUUCCGGGGUUCUUUCCCAGGGGGAUAUUUGGGGCAAUGCGAAUUUCAUAGACGUUGUUCGACAACUGUGGAACCAGUACCUGGUCUCCGCCGACUGUCCUUGGGUGGGCACACCGUUUACGCGACCUCACCUGGCCGACUUGCUGGCUUUUGCGGUGCAGACGCAAGCACGUGGACCGUACUUCAACCGAGUCGCUCUCACCGUUUUCAAUCUCGUGGCGCAGCUCCAGCACGUCAUUGACAGCAGGAUCAUGAACAUUGCUGGGGCGAAGGAUUCGCAUCCUAGGCUCAACACGACAACUUCAAAGACAACUUGUGCAGAGAGACACGCGGCAACACGAAAGGUUCGCAGCAACGAGGUGCAGCUGCUGCGCCAAGCCCUGAACGAGAAGAAGAUGAAGCACUUGCAGCAGGUGGCAACAGAAGAAAUGGUUGCUUAUGGGCUGCGAACCCGACGGGAGUUUGAGAACCAGAACAUCUUCUGGGUCUACUUGGAUGGCUCCAAUGUCGGCAAGGUGCCGACCGAGCUCUUUGUGCAUUUCUGUCCUUGGAAGAACUUGGCAGCAAUGGGGAGACCCUUGGCAGUGAGCAAGCGCUGUGUGGAUGCGAAGGCCGAGAUGAACAAACUGGAUGGCUCCGACCUUGAGGGAACCAGUGUACGGAAAACUGUCAAGAACAUGGCUUCAGUGUUGGCAAUGAUCAGAGCGAUAAAUCAAAGCAAUAUCAAUGUCUUGGGGCGUGACCUCGGCAUGUUCGUCCCGGCUCGCAAAUGCCGACUGGAGGGCGGCAAGGACUUCCACCUGGAGCCAGAGGCUGUGAAAGAGCGACCGGUACUCAAGGGAAUUGGGGAUAGAGAGCAAUCUGGGCAAAAGGCAUGGUUGCUGCUUUCCUUGAAACUUCGCUGUUUUUUUCGCCCUGACGAUCUUCAUAGCUUGUGGAACGACACGAGGAAUGCAUUGGUCAGAGCUGGCCUAGGAGUCGCCAUGCUCAAGGCGACGUUGCUGGCUAACUUUAGCCACGGGCCGUAUCGUGGGGGCGCCAACUUGUUCGACAAGCAAGUCACCUGCGAGAAGCUCAUGGCACGCCACGAGCAUGAUCCAGAUUUCUGGGCGGAGCUGGCCGAGGACAUCAGCUACGACCGUGGCUGUCAGCUUUCUGCAGACGAGGUGCCAUCCACGAUGGAAGAAUUUGCACGGGAGCGUGAGGUCUCCACCCGAAUGCCCUAUGCCCGGCUCUGA